AUGGUAUCAAGAUCUUCUAUCACACAAAACAAACCAAAUUCUGCAGUUGUAACAUACUCGACAUUAACUGUAGCAGCUGUUGGUUUUUUUGCCUAUUAUUUAUACCACAAAUUGCAAAACAGACGUAGGAGAAGAGAUGAUGACAAUAGCGAAGAAAAUACUCAAAACAAUCGAAGACGCAACACUCAUCACCCACGUCAUACAGACUUUAACCAAGAAAGAGAUCAAAGGGGGCUUGCUGCCAGAUUAUUUGGAACAACUCCUAUCAGAAAACAUCGAUUAUCAAUCUCAAUGAAAAAUGUAUGUGAUGAUGAUGAUUAUAAAGGAGAAGGGGGAUAUGAUGUUUAUUUAGUAUGUCCAAUAUCUAACGAACAAGAGAAACAUCAAAUAAUUUCUUUGUUAAGCAAUGAAAAUUUGUUUAGUACAAAAGUUAUUGAUAAACGUAAAGUUAUUUUCUGUGAAACUGAAGAAGGUAAAGUACACAUUAUUAGACAUAUUAAGGCAAGUGUUCAUAUUGAAAGUGGAUUAAAUAAUGAAGAUGUUGUGGGAUUGGUUAGAAGUUUUGUCGAUAACGUUAUUUGGGUAUUAUAUGACAAUGAUUAUUUUGACUAUUAUAAUGGUGGAAGUAGAAAAAUUAAUAGUGAUGAGUUAAGUCCAAAUGUUGAAGAUAGAAAGCAAUGGACAAACGUUGAAAUUUGUUCAGAUUUGUGGAAAUGUAGCUUAGCAAGACUAUGUUAA